GAGCUGAUAGUCUGGACACUGGAGAUAUCACAGAGGAGGGGAGAGGCAUGAAGACACGCUCAUAGAGCUGGAGCAGUGUCGAGUAGUCACGGUGUGUUUAUGGGUGACAAAAUGGCCAUGUCUGAACAGCCAGAAACCCAGGGAGGCUGUUCCUCCAAGUCGUUCAAGCUGUACUCCCCCAAGGAGCCUCCCAACGGUAGCACUUUCCCCCCUUUCCAUCCCGGCACCAUGCUGGACAGAGACGUGGGUCCAACCCCAAUGUAUCCUCCCACAUACCUGGAACCAGGCAUUGGGAGGCAUACACCAUAUGGCAACCAGACAGACUACAGAAUAUUUGAACUAAACAAACGGCUACAGAACUGGACAGAGGAGUGUGAUAACCUCUGGUGGGAUGCAUUUACUACAGAGUUUUUUGAAGAUGACGCCAUGUUGACCAUUACUUUCUGUCUGGAGGAUGGGCCCAAGCGCUAUACGAUUGGUCGUACGUUGAUUCCAAGGUACUUCCGGAGUAUAUUUGAGGGUGGUGCCACUGAACUCUACUACGUGCUGAAACAUCCCAAGGAGUCAUUCCACAACAACUUUGUCUCCCUUGACUGUGAUCAGUGCACCAUGGUCUCCCAAAAUGGAAAGCCAAUGUUCACACAAGUGUGUGUGGAGGGACGAUUGUACUUGGAGUUCAUGUUUGAUGACAUGAUGAGGAUAAAAACGUGGCACUUCAGCAUCAGACAACACCGUGAACUCAUCCCUCGCAGUAUACUGGCCAUGCAUGCCCAGGACCCACAGAUGCUGGACCAGCUGUCCAAAAACAUUACAAGAUGUGGCUUGUCAAACUCUACUCUAAACUACCUCCGACUUUGUGUGAUUCUGGAGCCGAUGCAAGAGCUGAUGUCCCGACACAAGACGUACAGCCUCAGCCCCAGAGACUGCCUCAAGACCUGCCUCUUCCAGAAAUGGCAACGGAUGGUGGCACCGCCAGCCGAACCAUCGAGACAGGCGCCAAGCAAGCGACGGAAGCGUAAGAUGUCAGGUGGCAGCACCAUUAGCGGAGGAGGAGGAACUAAUAACAACAAUAAUAACAAAAAGAAGAGUCCCGGCAGUGGAUUCCCACUGUCCAGCCAGGUUCCAGAUGUGAUGGUGGUGGGAGAGCCCACGCUGAUGGGAGGGGAGUUUGGCGACGAGGACGAGCGUUUGAUCACGCGGCUGGAGAACACGCAGUUUGACGCGGCCAACGGCAUCGACGACGAGGACAGCUUCAACAACUCCCCAGCUUUGGGAUCCAACUCGCCGUGGAACAACAAAGCGCCCUCCAGCCAGGAGAGCAAGAGCGACAACCCCACCUCGCAGGCAUCGCAAUAGAGUCGGGGGGGGGGGGGGGCGCCCACACUCCGCACCACAGAUCCCUCGCUCCAUUUUCCUCCCACCCUCCGACCCCCAAGCCAAAAGUCAUGAGAGUAACAGCUUGCUCACCAGCCCCCGACAUGCAUUCAGAGCUCAGACUCUUCAAACACACGUCGCCUGACGGAGAUCAGUUUGACCUCCUGCCAGCUCCACGGAUCCACAGGAAGUAUCACAGGGCUUCCCCGAGUUAAAGGCACUGUGGCCGCCGUCUGGUCUUUUCCUGUGUUUCACACUCAAAAUGUCCUGUCUCCUAAGUGACUUGGCAAUUAAGAUGAAGACGUAGGAAUUGAAUCCAGGCGAGAAGUGUGCACCCUAAACAAGCCAGGCUAAACUCCACAACGCGACAUAGCAAGCAAUGUGGCUCGGCUCCAGUGGCAAGUUGCUUAGGGACAGCUUGUCCACCCAGCCUCUAAAGCGACUCUCUAUUCUUGGCUGCUCUGAUGAAUCAAGUCACUAGAAAACUUUGGUAAUUUGUGUGCGCUUGUGUAUGUGUGUGUGUGUGUGUGUGCGCUCGAGCAAAGGGUGACCGUAGAGAAAGUAGCAACCCAAACACGUCUAUGGCUUGGUCAAAUGAAGCAAACCAGAAUUUAGAAUCGUUGAAAAUGAUCAGAGUUUUUUUUCCACUCAUGUCUGGGUCUACUCGCGCUAAACACACUCACGUGUGUGCCCGCACGCACGCACCACUAACGGAAGGCGUUUGAGUCCCUCGGUGCACGAGCCAUCUCUGAGUAAACGACAGUGUAAGCAGUUCUCUUCAGCAGAGAACAUACCUACAUCAACAUACACACUUACACAUUUUAAGAGGUUUUAUACAGUAUAUAUUUCCCUAGAAUGUUUUUUUAAUUUGUAUUAAACAUCUUAAUUUCAUUUGUUACUUUUUUUUUUUAACCUAUACUGAAAAGCUACAGACCAAGGAGCAACACAGGACUUUUAUUCUUCCCCUAAAAUAUAUUGUUUUUAACUUUUGUGUUUAUAAAAGAAAAAUUAUUUAGUGUGGAUGUUUUAUUUUGUCUUUCUGUUCCUUUUUUGAAAUUUUGUGUAUUUGUGCUUGUAUAUUUAAGGUAGUAGCAAAGUUCUGUCUGACUGUAAUAAGAUGUAUUCUUACUUAGAUAUACCUAAAGCCAUCCCGAUCUAAUGUAAAGAAACAAAAAUAGGAAAAAUGAGGAAAAAGAACUUGGACCCUCUAUCUUCCCCUCCCGGCUCUAUCUUCCUCUUUUUUUUGUAUUUUUAAAGGGUAGUGUAAAUUGAAAUUACCAAAACGUGGGGGUACAAUGGCACCAUAGGAGGUUUUCCUGUGUCUGUCUCAUUUGUCUUCUGUAUUUAUUUAGAAAAUGUCAGAAAUUCACUUUCAUGUCUGCAUAUAUUUUUUCCCCCACCGCUACAUUUGCCACAAAUUUACGUAUUGCUACUUUAAACCUAAUCUUUUUUUUUUACCACCAACUUUCACACUAAUCACUGGCUUGAAAAAUGUUUUUGUCAAUUAUUUUCAAGAUAACGUCACAUUUUUCAUGAGUGACAGCCACCCAAACUUUUUCCAAAACCGAUCCACUCAAAUGUAUUUGGUCGCAGUGGAGUCUGUCAAUUGGGUUUAUGGCUGAAAGGUCAGAGUUCAUCAAGCAGUCCUGCUGUUUUGGGUUUAGCCCCGCUGGGAUACGUCAUGAUCACAAGUGACAUGGAAUUUUCUGACUCUUUGUACAUUUCUAUUUUGUUUAAAAGUUCACAUUUAAAAUUGAGUUUGAAUGGUGAGUUGUACCUUCCGCAAACCCUGUAGAGUCAUUGUUUGAUAUCUAUUUUUAUUUUUAUUUUUUGGUUAGUUUCUGCCCUUGCUAAUUAAUGUAUGGUACCAAUAAAAAAAGAUACAUUUUCACUUUAA